AGAAUCAAGGCAAACUCGGUUCUCUGUAUAUCACAAAUAAGAAACCCUAUUCUGAUCUUAUUAUCUGCUCACUACUCACACAGAACAAGCUUCACAUUUCCCAUUUUUAGAGAGAGAAAGAAGAGUGAGAAAUAUCAAUAUCAUCACUAAUGGCGAUUUCUUUAGGGGUUUUCUCGAGCUUAUCGAUCGGCAAAACGGCGACGUUAGCAAAGUCGUCGUCGCCCCGGCUUAUAGCAGCUCCACUCACUCCUUCUCGUGUGAGCAUGCCCACCGUGCGCACGGUAACCUAUGCCGCCGCGUCCAAGCUGUCGACGGAGACCGGAAAGCGGGAGCCCAGAGGCAUCAUGAAGCCCCGUCGAGUGUCGCCGGAAAUGCGAGACUUCCUCGGCGGCGUCCCUGAGAUCCCUCGCACCCAAGCCCUCAAGCAGAUUUGGGCUUACAUCAAGGAACACAAUCUUCAGGACCCUGAAAACAAGAAGAUCGUAGUCUGCGAUGAGAAUCUGAAGAAAAUUUUUGCCGGGAAGGAACGUGUCGGAUUUCUCGAGAUUACAGGGCUAAUCAGCCCUCACUUUCUUAAAUGAAACCACUUGCAGGAGUAUGCAUAUAGAUUUUGAUCACAAUCCAGAACUGUUAGGCUUGUGAUAUUACUCAUAGAAAACUGCAGUGCUGCUUUUUUAUUUUUUAUCUUGGUUUGGGCAUUGCAGUUUUUUGGAUUAUGAUGAGUAUUGCUUUUAUAGGCUUCUGAAUCUAUUCUUCUAGGGUCUGCUAAUUUUAGUGCCUGCAAUGUCUUCAGUUUAUGUAUCUAUGCCCCUGUUCUUACGUAGUAUUUAGUUUUCCUGUUUGCUCACACAGCAACUCAUGCGCUUGUUCGGAAUACUUGUGCUUGUAUGGCUCUGCCUAAAAUCCUUCUCAGUGAUGUUCCACUUAUUUGGACUGUGUUUGCAAGUGUCAACAAUAUAUAGCAUGAUCCUUUAAUACA